UGCGUCUGUCUAUAUGACCCGUGCUAAAAUCCUGGUAGUGGUGCGGAUUGAAUACGUUCAGAAUAAGUCCUGAAAUUAAUGUCUACCGCGAACACUGAAGGUUUCGUUUUAUUCCAGUUUCUUUUAUUGUUUUCGUCGCGACUGAGAUGUCAAAGUGCGCAUGUGUACCGAUAGUUCCUGAAUUAAUUCAAAACUUCUUCCGCGAACGGAAUAUAGGUAGUUGCCUCAACAUUUUCCUGAGAAAUGAUAAACCUGAAGAGUGUUUGAGUAUAUUGGACUCAUAGAGAAAGAAACUUAUGAAGAUGAUUGCAGAAACUUUACCAUCAAUAAAAAUAGAGCGACGUCUAUAUGAACACAAUCAAUUGAGGCAAGAUCUUAACUAUGAAAAAACGAAGAAAUCUUAUCAAUGGUGUGAAAAAAUAACAUGUAAAAAACUGAUAACGAGCACAGUUCCAGCUCUUGGCUGGUUACCUAAAUAUGAAUGGAAGACGGAUUUUUUAGCUGACCUCGCAGCUGGAUUUACAGUCGCCAUUAUGCAUAUCCCGCAAGGAAUGGCUUAUGGUCUUUUAGGAAAUGUGCCACCUGUCGUAGGAAUUUAUAUGGCAGUGUUUCCAGUCUUUAUAUAUUUCUUUUUUGGAUCUUCUAGGCACGUAUCUAUGGGAACAUUUUCCAUAGCUUGUCUGAUGACCGGAAAAGCCGUUCUAGAGCACAGUGAUCCUUCAUUUUUUAAAAUUUCAAAAAAAGCAGUAACACUAGUCACAAUUCCUACAGAAGCAACAGAUGGUGAUAUUAUUACUCCAAUGCAAGUCGCUUGUGCAGUUACUCUAGUAGCAGCAGUUGUACAGUUGAUUAUGUAUUUUUUGCGACUCGGAGCAGCAGCUGCUCUGCUUUCUGAAAUGUUAGUUAACGCAUUUACCGCUGGCGCUGCGUGUCAAAUAGUUGUCACUCAGUUAAAAGAUCUCUUUGGCAUAAGCAUACCGAAACUCUCAGGAAAUUUCUUAACAACAAACACGUUAAUCUUGCUAUUUGAGAACUUUCAAAAUUAUAAUUUACCAGCAAUAAUAAUAUCAGCAAUAGCUGUCACUAUCUUGGUGAUCAAUAAUGAGUUUCUAAAGCCCAUCGUAGCGAAGAAAUCGUCAAUUCCAAUUCCCAUUGAAUUAAUAGUUGUCAUAAUAGGUGCUCUUGUAUCUCAACAAUUUGAUCUUCCUAAGAAAUAUAAUAUUACAACAGUUGGAGUGAUUCCAAGUGGAUUGCCAGAACCAUCAAUACCGCCUAUUUCUUUGAUACCAUCUGUACUACUAAGCGGUAUCUCAGUAGCAAUUGUAUCUUAUGUAACAUCAAUGUCAUUAGGGCUGAUGUUAGCUCAGAAAGCAAAUUAUGAAAUCGAUGCUAAUCAAGAAUUACUAGCUAUGGGAGCAAGUAACGUUGUAGGAUCCAUGUUUUUCUGUAUGCCUGUAUGUGCAUCUUUAUCAAGAUCUAUGAUUCAACAAGUCGUAGGAGGAAAAACUCAGCUAGUUUCAGUAGUUUCAGCUAUUCUAUUAAUAAUUACACUUCUCUCGAUAGGACCAUUUUUUGAACCAUUACCAAGAAGUGUUUUGGCCAGUGUCAUUGUCGUAUCGCUGAAGGGGAUGUUGAUGCAGAUUACUCAUGUAGUCAAAUUUUGGAGACUAAGUAAACUCGACGCCAUUGUUUGGAUAGUAACGUUUCUGACUGUCGUUUUCGUCAGCAUGGAAAUUGGUUUAUUAGUUGGCGUAUGUAUGUCACUGUUUUCAAUUUUUUUCUUCAGUUUUAAACCGUACACCAGUCUUUUAGGAUCAGUACCUAGUACGGAUUUAUAUUUGGAUAUAAAUCGAUAUAAAGGCGCAAAAGAACUGGAAGGGAUAAAAAUUUUCCAUUAUUGUGGUGGGAUAAAUUUUGCAACUAAAAAUAUAUUCAAAGAAGAAUUAUACAAACUCGUAAAACUAAAUGCUCAAAAGGAAUUAGUCCUUCGUGCUAAGUUAGAAAAGUUUCAAGAGAAGGUAAAAAAAUCUGAGAACAAUGAGAUCAAAGAAAAAAUGCAUAAACUAGAAUCUAAAAUAAAUACUUCUCUAAAAUGUCUGAUAAUGGACUUUUCAUCAGUUAGUUAUAUGGAUCCAAGUGGUGCAGCAAUGUUGAAAAACGAAAUAAAUAAUUUUAAAUUAUUGAAUGUUUUGUUUUACAUAGCAGCUUGUUCAGAUCGCGUUUAUAAUACACUGGAGAGAUGUGAUAUAAUUUCAAAGGAAAAGGAUAUUCUGCGAAUAUUCCCCAGCGUCCAUGAUGCCGUUCAGUAUGCUACUUACAACAUGCAUACAGAAAAUGGUAUAUCGACGAUAACAUAGUAAAUUUAUUUCAAAUAGUUAAAAAGACUUAAACAAGUUUUAUAAGCGGUAAAUAAUAAAAUCAAAUUAAGAUGACUGAUUUAAAAAUACUGCUGAAUUGAUAAUUCACCGUUAUGUGAAACAAAGCUGAGACUUAAACUGAAAUUAGUGAUAAAUAGAAAAUUUAGGAAUAUAUUGUAUAUAAGUAUCUUGUAUAUAGAUUUAUAUAUUUAAAAUACAUGGCGAAUGUAUAUUUUUCCAGCAUUGGAAGUACUUAAUAAAUGAUCUUUUAUAUUUUA